GACGACUUCAAGACUGAGUAUUGACUACUACUGCUGCGAUAUUAUCCUAAUUGCAACGAUCCUGGCAUUGUAGCAAGACAAUAUUUAAUCACCCUGAGAAUAGUUCAUCUUCAAUCCUGUUCGCGACCCCAAUUCUGCUCCGCCCAGGUACCCCGGUCCAUGUACUGAAUGAGCCCCAAAUCAGGCUGCAAGAUAGUCUCCCUGCGAUGAAGAGCCUUACUUAAAGCUCGGGAUCAGUCAUAAUCCUCGUCUCUUCUUACGAUUACUCAGAAACGUCCUACUUAUAAGACGCCAUUCAAUUUUACUCUGACUGUUACUAUUGCGCGACUGAAAAGGCCGUCGCAAUGGCCUACAGUCAAAAAUUCAAUCCUGAUGCGCUCCCAGCCCACAUAGAGCCUGAUAAGGUAUGCCGCGAACGAUAUCGCGACUCGCCAGCUUCUUCAAACAUACAGCUAACUCGAAGCUAAAUCUACACAGGCCGCAGAACUGUUAGCGCAAAGCCAACCUCAGACCAAGAACAAAUAUGAACAACAAAGACCUCCACCUCCCCCUAAAUCAAACGGCAUGCAGCAGCCGCCUCGCAGAACACCACCUACCAGUACAUCGCCUCAUCCUGCACCACUCAAUUUUGUGAACAGACCGCAUCCCGCAGAUAGCGCCUCGUCACGAUUCCAUUCACCCCCUCCAGCAAACUAUGGACAUGGCCCGCGCCCCAAUCCCAAUGUCAUGGGUCGCCCUACCCAACAUCCUCUACCUUCAUUGUCACCCGCGAACAACGGUCCUCCACCAACAGGACCCAUGUCAGACGACCCUCAACAGUUGUUACCUUUAUUCCGUGCCGCAAAUGUAUCCAGAACCGGCGCACUCACAGAAGCCGAGCUUGGAUCGGCAUUAGUAAACGGCGACUACUCCGCCUUUGAUCCCAACACCGUGAAAACUAUGGUACGAAUGUUUGACCGCAACGGCGACGGAGUGAUCCGCUUCGAAGAAUUUGUGUCGUUGUGGCGGUUUCUUGCAGCGUGGAGAGAACUCUUUGAUCGAUUCGAUGAAGAUCGAAGCGGGAGAAUCAGUCUGGAAGAAUUCGAGAAAGCGCUUGUUGCCUUUGGAUAUAGACUCAGUCGCACAUUUAUUCGGGUAUUAUUCACGACGUUUGAGACUAAAGGGAGACGGCGUGCGGGUACAGUGCCGGGCGCGCCGUAUCCUGGUGGUGGAGGUAGAGGAGGACGGGGGAUGAGUUUUGAUUUGUUUGUGCAGGCGUGCAUCAGUCUCAAGAGGAUGACGGACGUUUUUAAACGGUAUGAUGAUGAUCGGGAUGGGUACAUAACUCUGAGCUUUGAGGAGUUUUUGACGGAGGUUUUGAGUUUACAGGAUUAGAAUUGUAUUUAUAUACCUAGCUAUACCCAACAAUGAGAUACCAUGCAGCAUUUGAAGAUCAUUUAUCUUGUACGUUCAAGGUCAAGUGUGAUAUUCAGAUGCGAAGCCUGCUCCUGGAGGACAUCCACAAUCUCACUCCAAGCCUGUUGCUUUAGUCUCUUCCCUUCCUCGCCUGCCAAAAGCGUGCACGUUU